CAAAUUAUUUUAUCUGUAUUUUUUAAUAUAUAUAUUUUUUUACUGCAACUGCCAAGAAACCACAUUUGGCAGUUGUGUAACUGGCCAUGGUGUAUUGUUAUGUUGUUAAACCCAAUUAACUAAUCAACUAAUCAACGCCCCCCCCCUUUGAAAGUUACAGGUGUUCAGUUUGUUGACAUUACACAUGUCAGUGAUUGCUAAUCAGGUAAACAAACUCACUAUUUAAUUAGAGCAUUUAGUACCAGUGUUCUCAUACCUUUAUUAUUAUUUCAAAUGGAUACUUCAACUACAACAUGUUUCUGUGUUUUGUGUGCUCCGUUUGGUGGUAAAAGACUCACAGUAAAGACUACUUGGGAACACGCAAACCGCAUGUUUGCUCAGGGUUUUCAACCAACAGACUACAGAUGGUUACAACAGUUUAUCCCAUUAAAGAGUACACCAACCAGGGAGCAACCCUUAACAGGUCUUGGACGUCUCCUUCACAACAGAGAUGACUCUCGCAGAAGGCCUGUGCACAAACAGACAGAUAUUUCACAGAUAACCUUCAUAACAUUAAUACUAAAGUUGAAGUAUAAGUACAGCAUAAGCGAGGAAGAUCUUCUUGAGCUACUCCUUCUGUUCCAAAAGAUUGCUCCAACUGACAAUAUUCUUCCACAGACAACACAUGACAUUGACCGUCUUACAAAAGACUUGAUUGUAGGCCAUGAGGUGCACACCAUAUGUUCUUGUGAAGAGUAUCGCUUUGGAGAUCGACAGACCUGUGAAGUGUGCAAUAAAGACCGUUCACAUGGAACAAAGUAUUACACCAUUCCUAUUGGACCAAGGCUUCAACAGCUUAAAGAGGUAACAACAUUAGCUAAAGUCACAACUUUAUUGGACACCAUACCACAGAAAAGCCGCUUUGUAUCUGAUCUGCACCACUCAUCCAGCUGGAAUGCCUUUGUGACAGAGAUGGGAAGUAAAGCUAUUGCCUUGUCCUACUGUUCUGAUGGUUUCAACCCAUUCCACCAUAUUAUAACUCAAGGAACCUACAGCAUUUGGGCACAGACUGGACUAAUCCUCAACCUCCCAGCACACAUGAGAGUUAAGACUGGUACAACUCUGUUAUUAGGACUAAUAUCUGGACCUCGUGCACCUAAAAAGUUAAAUCUUUACAACGAGAUCCUGGUAAAUGAGUUGGUGAAACUAAAAGAUGGGUUACAAGUUUACAAUGCUGCCAGCAAACAACUAGAAAUGACCAGAGUUGGACUGUUGUACAUGGUUGGUGAUGUUCCGGGUAUAGCUAAGGAGCAGAAUCGUGUCCAACAGAAUGCCCUCAACUCCUGCAGUCACUGCAUCAUGCAAGGUCAACAUAGUAAGAUACUUGACAAGACAGUGUACCCCGGUGGACGAAUUUUUCUACACCCAGAUGAUGCACUUCGUCAAGAUACAACUUUUCCAUCUGGUUUAGUAGAAGAAGAAACUGUUACUCUUCGAAGUUCCAAUGUUGAGAUUAGUGAUGCCAGAUACCUUGACUUGUUAAAACAUGAAGGACAGAAUGAAGGGAAAAAGACACAGACUUUGUCAACAGCCAUCACUCAACACACUGGACGUUAUGGUAGCAACCACUGGUUCAGACUUGGAUUGGACCUUCAGCAGAAGAAUGCUCCUGUAGAGCCAAUGCAUGCAAUUAAGGUAGUAGCAGAACACAUUAUCAAGCUUAUCAAUGGCGAUGAAGACAACGUUUAAGUGAGAGCAGCUGAAAGAUCUUGUGGUAGAAGUACCGAGUUGUGUCCAGAUGCUGUAUACAGAAUAUAUGCACAGGAGAAGAAGACCAUUGGUCAGAAAAGAUCACGAAAAGAGCAAACCUCUUCUGAAGAUGUAGUUGAGACUAAAUUUCCAAAGAACCAACUGCCUCAAGCUCCCUAUGUGUUGACACCAACAGAGAAGCACCAAGCAGACCAAAGACUUAACCAGUUGAGAGUGCCCCUAAAUUUUGGUGUUGUUCCUACAACUCUUUUUACGAAAAUUGUUGGAGGAACAAAGAGCCAUACAUGGUUA